UAGUACUUAAAUUUUCUUUUGUCUUCGCUUUUCUUCUUCUUCUUCUUCUUCUUCCGUUCGCUUCUCUCUCCAUGAAAUUGUAUGCUGUUGCCCUAAUCCAGAAGCAAAAUAAGUAAGUAAACAAAAAGGAUGGCGGUUUCGCUGCAGCAGCCGAGUCAGCAAAGUCUAUGGGACUGGGUCCUCGAACUCACCAAGUCCGCUCAGGACAAAAACAGCGACCCGCUCCUCUGGGCCAUUCAGCUCAGCUCCAGACUCAACUCCGCUGGAGUUACUUUGCCGUCGACCGAGUUGGCACAUCUGCUCGUCUCUCACACCUGUUUCGAGAAUCACGUGCCGAUCAUGUGGAAGUUCCUCGAGAAGUCAUUGGCUCUCAAGAUCGCUCCUCCUACUCUUGUCCUCGCUCUUCUCUCUACCAGGGUGAUCCCAAAUCGAAAGCUUCACCCAGCUGCAUACAGGCUAUAUUUGGAACUCGUGAAAAGGCAUGCUUUUUCGUUUUCAUCUCAAAUCAACGGACCAAACUAUGCAAAGAUUAUGAAAUUGACUGAUGACGCUCUCCAUCUUUCCCAUAUAUUUGGCCUUCAAGUGUGUAAACCUGGGCUUAUUCUGGUUGAGUUUGUCUUUUCAAUGGUCUGGCAGUUACUUGAUGCAUCAUUGGAUGAUGAAGGGUUACUGGAUCUUACCUCAGAAAAGAAAUCUAGAUGGUUGACCAGUCUGCAAGAUAUGGACAUAGAUGGUCAUGAAAGCUUUGGUGAGAAAAGAAAUGAGCAUAAUGAGGGGCUGAAAAGUGCAAAUACCACAAUGGCUAUUGAACUAAUUGGAGAGUUUCUGCAAAACAAAGUAACUUCAAGGAUUCUCUACUUGGCACGUAAAAACAUGUCCUCACACUGGCGCGGCUUUAUUCAGAGAGUGCGACUGCUUGCAGCACAUUCGGCAGCCUUGAGGAACUCAAAACAUAUAACUGCAGAGAUACUUCUGCAGUUGACAUCUGAUACACGGCAGCUUUUGUCUGGGGAUACCAAAAGAAUAUCACAGCAAGAUUUUCAUGCUGUCAUGUCUUCCAGAUCUCUGAUAUCUUCUGCUGGUCAAUGCCAUGGGGCUAGUUGGUCUGCGCUUUGGCUUCCAAUUGAUCUGUUUCUAGAAGAUGCUAUGGACGGAUCACAAGUGGCAGCAAUCAGUGCUGUAGAAAAUCUUACUGGUUUAGUCAAGGCUCUGCAAGCAGUCAAUGGUACCACAUGGCAUGAUACUUUCUUAGGUCUGUGGAUGGCAUCUCUACGGCUUGUUCAACGGGAAAGGGAACCCAGUGAGGGUCCUGUACCUCGCCUCGACACCUGUUUGUGCAUGUUAUUGUGUACUACAACACUUGCAGUAGCUAAUAUCAUUGAGGAAGAGGAAGGUGAACUCAUUAUGGAAACUGAAUCCAACCCUACUGACCAAAUGAAAGAAAAGCAAGGUCUUGGAAAAUGUCGCGAGGGACUCAUUACAGCAUUACAGUUGCUAGGCGAUUAUGAUAGCUUGUUGACGCCUCCUCAGUCUGUCAGUUUAGUAGCUAAUCAAGCUGCUGCUAAAGCUAUGCUGUUUAUCUCAGGUGUCACCAGUGGCAAUAGCUAUUACGAAAGUAUGAGCAUGAAUGACAUGCCUAUGAGCUGUUCAGCUGGAAACAUGAGGCACCUGAUUGUUGAGGCUUGUAUUGCUAGAUUUCUGUUAGAUACAUCAGCAUAUGUUUGGCCAGGGUAUGUGAAUGCACACUCCAACCAAAUACCACGUGGUGUUCUUGGCCAAAUGCCUGGCUGGUCGGCAUUGAUGAAGGGGUCACCUCUAACUCCCUCGAUGAUAAACACUUUGGUGGCAACCCCAGCUUCCAGUUUACCAGAGAUCGAGAAAGUAUAUGAGAUUGCACUCAAUGGCUCUAAUGAUGAGAAGCUAUCUGCUGCUACCAUUCUUUGCGGAGCAUCUCUUUCUCGUGGUUGGAAUAUACAGGAACAUACCAUUCUUUUCAUUAUAAAAUUGCUAUCACCACCUUUUCCUGCUGAUUACUCUGGGAAUGACAGCCACUUGAUUGAUUAUGCUCCACUUUUGAAUAUUCUUCUUGUUGGACUAUCAUCUGUGGACUGUGUGCAAAUUUUAUCCUUGCAUGGUUUGGUUCCACUACUUGCUGGUGCAUUGAUUCCCAUCUGUGAGGUCUUUGGUUCAAGUGUUCCCAAGGUCUCAUGGACUCUCCCAUCAGGGGAAGAAAUAACUUGUCAUGCCGUGUUCUCCAAUGCAUUCUCACUUCUGGUGAGAUUGUGGAGAUUUCAUCAUCCGCCUCUUGAGAAUGUGACAGGAGAUAAAACACCAGUGGCCUCCAAAUUAGGUCCUGAGUACCUUUUGGUGGUACGGAACUCCCAAUUAGCAUCCUUUGGAAGUUCACCUAGGGAUUUCAUCAAAAGUAGGAGAUUUUCAAAAAUUUUAAAUAUAUCUCUAGAACCCAUAUUCAUGGAUUCUUUUCCAAAAUUGCAACUUUGGUAUCGGCAGCAUCUUGAAUGCAUCGCUUCCACAUUUUCUGGUCUUGUAAAUGGUACCCCUGUUCACCAGCUUGUUGAUGCACUCCUCAAUAUGAUGUUCAAAAGGAUAAAUAGAGGUGGUGUUCAGUCUUUGACUUCUACGACAUCUGGUAGUAGUUCAUCAGGCUCUGGAGCAGAGGAAGCUUAUGUUAGACUUCAAGUUCCUGCUUGGGAUAUCCUAGAAGCAACUCCUUUUGCACUUGAUGCAGCCCUGACAGCAUGUGCCCAUGGAAAAUUAUCCCCCCGUGAACUAGCUACAGGACUCAAGGAUCUUGCCGAUUUUCUACCUGCAUCUUUGGCUACUAUAGUCAGCUACCUUUCAGCUGAAGUUACACGGGGCAUAUGGAAGCCAGCUUAUAUGAAUGGAACUGAUUGGCCUAGCCCUGCUGCCAAUUUAUCCACUGUUGAACAACAGAUAAAGAAAAUACUUUCUGCCACUGGUGUCGAUGUCCCAAGCCUUCCUGUAGGGGGGAACUCUCCAGCUACUCUUCCUUUGCCUCUAGCUGCCCUAGUAAGCCUUACAAUCACUUACAGACUUGAUAAAGUGUCUGAACGACAACUUGUCCUGAUUGGCCCGGCCUUGAAUGCCCUUGCUUCUAGUUGCCCCUGGCCAUGCAUGCCCAUUAUAGCUGCUUUAUGGGCCCAGAAGGUAAAGCGUUGGAGUGACUUCCUUGUGUUUUCUGCCUCUAGUACUGUCUUCCACCAUAAGGGUGAUGCUGUUGUUCAGCUACUGAAGAGUUGCUUCACAGCCACUCUAGGUUUUUCUGCCCCUCACAUUUCUAGUAAUGGAGGUGUUGGUGCCCUUCUGGGCCAUGGCUUUGGUUCUCACUUUGUUGGUGGUAUCUCUCCUGUUGCACCUGGAUUCCUUUACGUGAGAGUGCAUCGUUCUCUCAGAGAUUUUGUGUUCUUGACAGAAAAAAUUGUAUCUAUUCUAAUGCAUUCUGUUAAAGAGAUUGCAAAUAGUGGGCUGCCUAGAGAGACCGUGGAGAAAUUGAGGAAGACCAAGUAUGGCAUGAGGUACGGACAAGUUUCUCUUACUGCAGCGAUGAUGCGUGUCAAGCUUGCAGCUUCUCUUGGAGCUUCUUUAGUUUGGAUAUCAGGUGGAUCGAGUUUGGUUCAAUCUUUAGUGAAAGAAACUUUACCCUCUUGGUUUAUAUCAGGCCAUUCAUUAGAGCAAGAAGAUGCAGAAUCUGGAGGUCUAGUAGCCAUGCUUAGAGGUUAUGCGCUUGCAUACUUAGUGGUGCUUAGUGGGACAUUUGCGUGGGGUAUAGACUCAGAAUCACCAGCAUCAAAACGCCGGCCGAUGGUUCUUAGUUGCCACUUAAAAUUUAUUGCAAGUGCACUAGAUGGGAAAAUAUCGCUCGGUAGUGAUUGGGCCACUACACGAGCAUUCGCAACAGGAGUUUUGAGCUUGAUGGUGGCUUGCACGCCAAAAUGGUUAACUGAGGUCAAUGUCGAUUUAUUGAAGAGACUGAGUAAGGGAUUGAGGCAAUGGAAUGAGGAACAACUUGCUCUAGACUUGCUAGGACUUGGUGGAGUUGGUACAAUGGGUGCAGCUGCUGAACUUAUUAUUGAAACUGGGUCAUAAUCCUUCUCUGCAGAUAUAGCUAGUAGUAGGUUUGAUACCUAGAAGUAGUAGGUUUGAUACCUAGAAUAUAUCAACUCUAUUUAUUUAUAAUUUUCUGUUAAAUCAUACCACAUGUAAAUUGAAAUAUCAUAUAGUUUUGUAUAAGAUAAUAGGAUUUGUUUUCUAUAGACACAUUUCAUAUGUAGUAAAUUUUGCUUUUGUUUCGUUUUCUUGA